UUUUUUUUUUUUUUUAUAUUUGUUUGUUCCUUGAAUUAUCGUUCCUCGCCUCAUUUUUUUAUGAACAAGAGUCUUACUGGUUUGACUCAUCAUGCGCUCACUGUUCUAUUUAAAUAUCACUUUUUCUCUCUCUCUCUGUUUUAUUUUUCUAUCAUUAUUCUCUUUAUUUUUUCUUUUGAUGUCAGUCAAGACAAGGCAGCCUUCUGGUCAUACCAGUUGGAAUGUCACAUAUCAAUUUAAAGAACUAUUAAAAAAAAGAGAGAAAACACCCCCUUUGUCACCACCAUUACCUUCUUCUGUUCCAUCGACUAAAACAAAACCUUCUUCAUUGAUUUACCGCAUUUUUCCAUCCUCUAAAAAUAAGAAUAAAGCCAUGAUUCAACUAAAGAAACAACAAUGGGAUCAACCAGAAACAGAAAUGGAUCUGUACGAGUCAAGUGAAGUCCCUAUUCGAACGCAUCUCAUCUCUUUCUUUUCACCACAACAUCAAAAACAAGAUGGCUGGACCCAACUGUUAACAACAGAAAAGCUAGAUGAAAUGAGCCGCAUUUAUAUGGCCACAUUGCAUAAAAUACGAUCCCUCAGCCAUUAUUCGAUGGAACAACAGAUCAAUAUCCUUCACUUAUUGCAUGGUGUGCAGGCCAAUACAGCCAGCUUGCAACAACAAUACAAGAAACCGUUUCUGACACGCGUAUCGAAUCAACAUCGACUCUUGUUCCAGCGUGAAUUCAGCUCAUUGAUUUCUGGUAAAGCAGUAGCAGACUCUAUUUUAACAGGCAACCGUAAGCCCAAAAGAACACGAUACAUCUUUAUGUUGCUCAGCGCACCUGCUUCUCAUGUGAUAGACAGAGUCCAUCCGGUCACAGAUGCCUUGAGAAAGAUACGGAAACCUUAUGCUGAGACAUUCAGGGUUAUCACAGCCAAACAAAAGCAGACGACUGAAUUUGUAUCUGCAGAAUAUUUGUUAGACCCAAUCACAUUACACACGGAUUUCUAUAGUGAAGAGCUCUAUCAUCGGCUCGGAACCAAAUUAAGCUGUACAGCAAUAACAAAGGGCCUGUCUCGAGAAAACAUGACAAAGAUUCAGGUUCAAACAAAUUAAUAUGUAGAUCAAUUAUUUUUAAUGUUGGAGUAGAGAAUAGAAUAAAGAAAAGUUCUAUAUAAA